ACUGUUAGUAGUGUAGGGUGUCGCCGGCCGCGGUGGAUCCAUUCGAAGGCGACGGCGGUCGUCUGGUUUGUGGUUUUUUCCAGCUCUCAUAUACAUACAGAGAGAAUAGAAAUACAUUAAUAAUUAUCAUUAUUAAUAAAUAAAAAAACGGAGGAAUUCCAGGACGGUGAAAUGACGCGGUAACGGGGAUUAAAAAAAAAAAACGUUGGGGUUUUUUUUUAAGAAAGAAAGAACGGUUGUGUGUGUGUGUGUGUUUUUUGGGGGGAGCCAUUUUGUCCCGAAGAGUGUGUGAAGAAAGAAGAGGAAGAAGAAAAACACCACAGGAAUUUCAAAGUGGAUUACUUUUUAAUUUCAAAACCGGAUUAAUAAUAGGAAUAAAACCCCGUUUUGAGAGUCAGGACUGUUUUAACGGUAACACGACUUUCCGUUCAGAAGCUAACGCUAGCUUCAAGCUAACCAGGCACCAGGCGUCUGAUUGACUGUAGUGAGCGGAUCUUUUUCUGGGGGUCUCCUGUCUCUCUUUCUGUAGUGUUAAAUCGUUAUUUAAAUAAAAAAAUGGCGAAGAAGACCUACGACCUGCUGUUCAAGCUCUUACUGAUCGGAGACUCCGGUGUGGGGAAGACCUGCGUGCUGUUCCGCUUCUCCGACGACGCCUUUAACACCACCUUCAUCUCCACCAUAGGAAUCGAUUUUAAGAUCAAAACUGUCGAGCUGCAAGGAAAGAAGAUAAAGCUACAGAUAUGGGACACAGCAGGCCAGGAGCGGUUCCACACCAUCACCACCUCCUACUACAGAGGAGCCAUGGGCAUCAUGCUCGUCUACGACAUCAGCAACGCCAAGAGCUUCGAGAACAUCAGCAAGUGGCUCCGAAACAUCGACGAGCAUGCCAAUGAGGAUGUGGAGCGAAUGCUGCUAGGCAACAAGUGUGAUAUGGAGGACAAGCGGAUCGUACCAAAGGCCAAGGGAGAACAGAUUGCCAGGGAGCACGGAAUCCGUUUCUUUGAGACGAGUGCGAAAGCCAACAUUAACAUCGAGAAGGCCUUCCUCACGUUAGCAGAAGACAUCCUCAGAAAGACACCUGUAAAAGAGCCCAACAGUGAAAACGUUGACAUCAGCUCUGGGGGCGGAGUCACGGGAUGGAAGACCAAGUGUUGCAGUUGAACAGUCUAUCACACACAUUCACUAGCACGUGUUCACACACACACACACACACACACACACACAUACACACACGCCUACACAUGCAGUUUCUUCUCAUCUUGUUCCUCCUACUUUGUAUCUAACUCCUCCUCCUCCUGUUGCACUCUUUCACUGCCUUUCUCCCCCCCUCUCUCAUUCGAUAUCUCUCUCUCUCUCUCUCUCUCUCUCUCUCUCUCUCUCUCUCUCUCUUGUGUUUUUUUCCCCCUGCUUCUCCCCGCUCACAUCUGCUUGCCCACAGUUUUUAUUUCAGAUGAACGAAAAGAAAAAAAAAAAAACAGUUGUAUAGAUAAAAAGAGAAAUCAUGUCACGUUUCCUGUCGUUUGUUUUUAAAAGUUUCGAAUUGAGAAAAGGAAAAUCAAGAGCCGUCACUUCACCACUACAUUUCGCAAUAAAGAUUGAAAUCUGG